CCACCCACACACCAACGUGUGAAGCUCAGCUUUUAAUCAGUUGGUUGACCAUGUCUCUAUUGGGCUAGUGAUUGAUGUUGGUUAUGUUUAUGUUUGUAUCUUCUGCAUUAUCCUUCUUUGUUUCAUUGUCGGACUGUUUUUCUGGGCACUACUUCACAUAAGCUACUCCAACAUGACGAGUGGUCUCCAGUAAUCAGAACUGACUGUACAUUGAAUGCCGAAAGUAGCAGAGUUUGUUGAAAAAUAAGGAUUUUCUCUGACCAUGGCAAAUCUUUAUUUUCUUCUACCUCUUUUGGCUGUAUUAGUUAAAGCCAAAAGACCAAUUUGUGAAGUUGGCUCCUGUCACCCACAAACUGGAAAUCUUUUAAUUGGAAGAGCCAAAAACCUUACUGCUACCUCAACAUGUGGUUUGAAUGGUCCAGUCAGUUACUGUAUUGUGUCACAUUUAGAACAAGGAAAGAAGUGUUUCACCUGUGACUCGCGACCUGGUUCGAGUUUAAAUGUUAGUCAUAGGAUUGAAAAUGUUAUUUAUAAAACAGCCCCUGGGUCAGAAAUUUUAACUUGGUGGCAAUCUGAAAAUGGGAAAGAAGAUGUUUCAAUCAGACUUGAUCUCGAGGCAGAAUUUCAUUUUACUCACCUUAUAAUAAAGUUCAGGACAUUUAAACCAGCGGGAAUGUUGGUUGAACGCUCAUCAGAUUAUGGAAAGACAUGGAAGGUCUACCGGUAUUUUGCUGAAAAAUGUGAAAUCUCUUUUCCUAAUAUCCCUAGAACAAAACAAACUUCUUUGACAGAUGUUGUUUGUGACUCCUCUUACUGGAAGACUGAUACUUCUACUGAAGGCGGUGAUGUAAUUCUGCGUGUUAUUUCACCAAAUUUGCAAGGCAAUCGUAACCCUUACACUAGUGAAGUGCAAGAGUUAUUAAAAAUAACUAAUUUGAGGAUAAAUUUUACAAAGCUUUUCACCUUAGGAGAUGAUCUUUUGGACAAACGCCAGCAAAUUCAGGAAAAAUAUUAUUAUGCUAUUACUGAAAUGACUGUGAGAGGAUCAUGUUGGUGUUAUGGUCAUGCGGAAACAUGCCUCCCUCAAAAUGAAGCGACUGAUCGUAUCCUAGAUAUGGUCUAUGGAAAAUGUGACUGUAGUCACAAUACAACUGGUUUGAACUGUGACAGGUGUAAACCUACACAUAACGACCUAGAAUGGAAAGCUGCAACUGGACGUUUGACUAAUGCUUGUAAAAAAUGUAAUUGCAACAAUCAUGCUGAAACUUGUGAUUUUAAUAGAGAUGUUUUUGUAAAAAGUGGUCAUGUUAGUGGAAGUGUCUGCCACAACUGUUUACACAACACAAUGGGAAACAAUUGUGAAAAAUGUAAACCAUACUAUUUUCAUGAUCCUUCAUUGCCCAUCACUCAUGAAGAUACUUGCUUAUCAUGUCAUUGCAAUCCAAGUGGUACAAUUGAUGGUGGAUUGUGUGAUUCUCUGGACGACUCCUUAAAUAUCCAAGCUGGCCAGUGCCAUUGUAAAAAAAAUGUCAUGGGUCUUAAAUGUGAUGAAUGUAAGCCAGGUUUUUGGAAUAUCAGUGACUUGAAUCCCGAUGGUUGUGAACCUUGCACCUGUUUUGCGGCUGGCUCCUACAACAUUUCUACAUGUGACUCUGUAACAGGUGAAUGUUUUUGCAAGAAAAAUGUUAUAGGAAAAGAUUGUAACCAAUGCCUUUAUGAACACUGGGGCUUAUCAGAGGACACAGAUGGCUGUGAACCCUGCAAUUGUGAUAUUGGUGGAUCGUAUGAUACUAAUUGUGAUGUUAUCACAGGCCAAUGCAAGUGUCGUCCUCAUUUAACUGGUAAAACAUGUGAUAAACCAGAACAAAGCUAUUUUGUUCCCCAUUUGGAUUUAGUGUUUGAAGCUGAAGAUGGAGACUGUGGACAGCAUUGUCAAGUUUUGGAGAGACCACCUCCUAAAGAUGGCUUACCGAACUACACUGGGAGUGGAUACAGAAAAGUUUUUGAAAAGUCUGAACUUGAAUUGCCUAUUAACAACAUUGCUUUAUCAGGCGAAUAUGAUGUAAUUCUACGUUAUGAUAAGCCUGAAUAUGAUUGGGCAGAUGUUACGGCACAGUUACUGCGUGAAACUCCUGUUGAUUAUACUGGUGUUUGUGCUAAUUUCCAGCCUUCUGAUGACAUAAAAAAAUUUCAACCAAGAUCUGACUCUACUUAUGUCAGUGCAAACGGAUCAUUAUGCCUUGAAAAAGACAAAUCAUAUAAGCUGAAACUUAUUUUCAAAUCUGAUAGCAAUCAGGUGGAUGCUCCUUCUGCUUCUAUUCUAAUUGAUUCAGUGGCCUUAAUUCCAAAAAGUGAAUCUAUACCAUUUUUCCACGGUAGCCCUAAGAAUGAUAGAAGAAGAAAAGAAUAUGAUGAUUUCAAAUGUAACGAAGCAUUCUUCACACAAUUACAUGGCAAUAAUAUUUCUGAUAUAUGCAAAAAAUAUCAUUUCAGUAUUUCUGUUAAUAUUCAUGGUGGAGCUUAUGAAUGUAGAUGUGAUCCUACUGGUUCUAAAAGUGCCUUUUGUAAUGAAAAUGGUGGAGAAUGUGCUUGUAAGCCGAAUGUUGUUGGGCGCAUGUGUAACAAAUGUAUAUUUGGCACUUACGGUUUCAGCCCAGAUGGUUGUAAAGAAUGUGAUUGUAACUGGGAUGGUGCUUUGGACAAUGAUUGUAACAUGACUUCUGGACAAUGUGUUUGUAAAACUGGAAUUUACGGUAGAACGUGUGAUCGUUGUCAACCAGGAUCUUGGAAUUUUCCUAAUUGUGAGAAAUGUCAAUGUCAUGGCCAUGCUCAUUCCUGUGAUCCAGAAACUGGUGAAUGUAUUGAUUGUAGAGAUUUUACUACUGGCCAUUCAUGUGACCGGUGUGCUGAGGGGUACUAUGGUGAACCCAAGGAAGGAAUACCUUGCAGGGCUUGUCGUUGCCCUGAUACUAUCGAGUCUGGUCAUUCUUUUGCUUCUGCCUGUACACUUGAUCCAGCUUCAAAAGAUGUAAAUUGUCUGUGUAUUGAAGGAUAUUCAGGGCCUAGGUGUGAUAAAUGUUCAGACAAUUACUUUGGUAAUCCAGAAGAAAGUAAUGGGUCAUGUAAACCUUGUCAAUGUAGUAAUAAUGUUAAUAUGGCAAUUACUGGAAACUGUGACUCAAAAACUGGCGAAUGUCUCCAGUGCUUGCAUAACACAACUGGUUCACAUUGCGAACGCUGUAAAGCAAAUUUUUAUGGAGAUGCUUUGAAUCAACAGUGUUCAGAGUGCUUGUGCAACCUGCUGGGAACUAACGCGCAGAUAGGGCCUUGUGAUCAUGUUACUGGUCAGUGCCCUUGUUGGCCAAAUGUUGAAGGCCGUGAUUGUCAACAUUGUAAAACAGAUCAUUGGGCUAUUGCUAGAGGUACCGGUUGCAUUCCUUGUGACUGUGAUCCUAUUGGUUCUUUAAAUUCACACUGCAAUGAGUUUACUGGUGAAUGUUCUUGUAAGGAUGGUUUUGGAGGUGAAAAAUGUAAUCAAUGCCAACCUAAAUUUUGGGGUGAUCCUAAUAAUGAAUGCUUUCCUUGUUCCUGUAAUGAAGAAGGUUCUGUGAAUGGGCAUUGCCAUCAAGCAAAUGGAACUUGUCUUUGUAAAGAAGGGAUUGGUGGUGAAAAGUGUGAUACUUGUGCUCGUGGUUACAAUGGAUCUAAUCUUGCUUGUUCAAAAUGUGGAGAAUGCUUUGAUAACUGGGAUCUUACCAUAAGUGGUCUUUCAGAUAAAACAAUGGAAGUAAUUGAUGAAGCUGGCAAUAUGAAACGAACGGGUGCUACAGGUGCCUACAAUUCCGCUUUUGAUGACAUGACUAAACAAAUUGAUGAUGUUAGAAAUGCUUUAAAUAAUACUAAGUCUAAUAAAAUCAAGUUAGAUCUAUUGAAUGACCGAGUCAGUAAUUUCAGAAAUAAUAUUCUAAAUGAUGCUACAGAAAGGAUUAACAAGCUCAGUAAUGUAGUACAAAAUGUCAUAUCUAAUAUAUCUAUUGCAAGGUUAUCACUAAGUACUGUAAAUGAUAAAGCUCUGACAUUACAGUCUUCUGCACAAUCCUUGAGUGAAAAUGCUACCCAUCUUCAGGAAAAAGAUUUAAAAGGAGCUUUAAAUUUAACGAGAGGGUAUGGGGAGAGCUCAAGAAAAGUUUAUGCAAUAGAAAAAAACACCACUGAACUCUUAACUGAAGCAGAUAGACAGUGUAGACGAACAGAAAACUUCCUUACUAAAGAUAGUGAUUCAUUUACAUCAACAGAACAAAAGAAUGAAGAAAGUCAACAAAAUUUGGAAUUCGAUCUUUCUCAAAUUUUAAAGAAAAUACCUGGUCUUAAUGAAAAGAUUUGUGACAAAGCAGGGGAUCCAUGCCACAACCUGUGUGGUGGUGCUGGUUGUGAUAGGUGUGGAGGGCUUUCAUGUGAGGAAGGUGCUGUUGGUAAAGCAGAUACCGGACUUGAUUUGACUGAAAGAAUUAAGCUUAAGAUCUCAGAUCACUUGAAAACUGCUGAAAUGUUAUAUCGACAGAUAUCAAGUACUAAUGCGGCUACAGAAGCUGGGAUGGAAUCAGUUAAAAGAGCUUAUAAUGCUGCUGAAGAUAUUAAAAACCAAUUUGAAAAUGUUGUUAUUAAGCUUUCAGAAAUGAAUAAGAACUUUGAUUCAUUUAUUAAAGCUCAAGGAGCAUCUCCUUCUGAAAUACGUCAUGUUGCUAAUGAAGCUUUAAAUUUAAAUAUUCAAUUGAAACCACAACAAAUCAAGGAAUUAGCUGAUAAGAUCAAUGAAACAAUUGGGUCUCUUCCUAAUAUCAAUUCAAUUCUUGAGGACACUAAACAAAAUCAAACUCUGGCAAAUAAUUUGAAAAUAAAAGCUGAUGAGGCUAAGUCUUCAGCAGAGCAAGUUCUUGAAAAAGCCCAAAGAGUGAUUAGUGCCCUUAAAGCAGCGAAAGAAGCUCAGGAAGAAGCUGAACAAGCAAUUAACACUGCCCAUGAAGAUAUAACUGCAGCAAAAAAAGAUUUAAAACAGAUUAAAAGUGAAACAGAAGAAGCCAAUUCAAAGACUUUUAAUAUAGACCAAAUACUUAAUGGUACAUCAAAAGAUUUGACUACUCUUCAAGUAGAGGUUCUUAAACAUGAAACAGGUGCAAAACAAGUCUCAGUGGAAGCCGAAAAGGUUUCUAAGGAGGUUCAAAAUUCAAAAGCUAAAGUCCUAGAUUUAAAUCUGCAAUACAGUUCUGUAAAUAAUACAGUUCAAAAGAGAUCUGAAAAUUCAAGGAACUCCAAAAUGAAAGCUCAACUGCUGUUGAAAAGAGCAACACAGCUUUCGUUCAGCACUUCAGCUAAAUUAAAGGAAUUAAAAGAUGCUGAUAAUAUAUACAAUGAACAAGACAAAAAAUUGGAAAAUGUAACAGGACGCAUUGAGGAAUUAACUAGACAAGUUAGCCUUUAUUCUCAAUAUAUUGGCGAAAAAUCUGAAUUUUAUAGAAAUUGUCUUAAUUAAACGGAAAAUAAGAGUUUGUGCAUUAGUAUUGAAUGUUUGUAUAUAUUUCAAAGACAUUAGUAUUACAGUUUUUGAGAAUUUAUUUUUUAUAAAUAUAAGUGUUACUAUGUUUUAAAACUCAAAGUGCCAUGUUUUAACUCUAUUUAUAUAAUAUUUUGUAUAAUUUUUUAUAUCUUUAGAAAUUAAUAAAAAUAGAUUUUUUAUCCUU